UCUUCUUCGUUGCGAGAUACCCACUUGCUUUCAUAUCCAAACAUCAAUCUAAAACACCAGGUUUUGUUUUCCCCAAGAAAACACCAACACAAUUAAUUUGUACGGUAUGUGAUAAUCAAUCGAUUAAUUGAAUGGAUUAGUGAAAGUCCGCGGCCGCUGACUGUUGACUGUUGCCCUUCUCCAACCAGAAUAUUAAUCGACUUGUAUAUUAUUUGACCGGAAAAAAAAGGUUCUUCUUACAUAUGAUGACUGUGUUAGGCAGUGACUGAGAUGUUCGUGAAACUUGCAAUACAAUUGUAAUCCUCUGGGUAUCCCGUUUGGUUUGGCUACUUCCACAUCUGUUUGAUUGGGAUACGUCUCCAUUUUGGGUGGAAUUGCAGCUACGAGAAAUAGGGAUUCCAUCGAAAAGUGCACUACCGUUGUUGUUUAUGAAGUGACCAUUCCUUGACUGAAACGAACCGUCGAUGGGAGGCCGAAGCUCUAAGAUUGCUACACGUUGUUGGAAUUCAUCAGGCGAGACUCCUCUUCCUGACGCUCCUCAUGUUGAAAACGAAGACAAGUGCGAGGUAACAGAUUUGCCGUCUUUUCGUGAAUACACACUAGAACAGCUUAAGAUCGCCACCUCCGGUUUCGCUUUGGAGAACGUUGUGUCUGAAGAUGGAGUAACAGCUCCAAACGUCGUCUAUAAAGGGAAACUGGAGAAUCAUAACAAGAUUGCUAUCAAGCGCUUUUCUCGAAUGGCCUGGCCUGAUCCACGCCAAUUCCUGCCAAUGAAAUGGGCGAUGCGACUUAGGGUCCUUCUGUACCUUUCAGAAGCUCUUGAGUACUGUAGUAACAGAGGACGCACGCUCUAUCAUGAUCUUAAUGCUUACAGAGUCUUAUUUGACGAGGUGACUCCAGAAACUAACCGCUUACCAUUUCUUGUUUAUGCUCUAUCCUCCACUGAAGCGUUUAGGGUUCUUUUGAAGGAAUGCAAUCCAAGACUUUCAACCUUUGGGUUAAUAAAGAAUAGUCGAGCUGGGAAAAGUUACACUACAAAUCUUGCUUUUACCCCUCCCGAGUAUCUACCAACUGGUAAAAUUGCUUCUUUAAGGCAUUUUAUUCCAACGAAAUGUGCCCUUGAUUUGAUUCGAGACAGAAAUGUUCAGACUCUGAUCGAUUCCUGCUUGGAGGGGCAAUAUUCCGACCGUGAUGGCACGGAGCUAGUACGCAUGGCAUCUACUUGUCUUCAGUAUGAAGCUCGUGAACGACCAAACAUAAAAGUUUUGGGCGCUGCACUGAUAUCUCUUCAGAAAGACACAGAGGUACCGUCUCAUGUUCUAAUGGGUCUGCCUCAGAGUGGUACUUUUGUGUCACCUUUGUCUCCUUUCGGUGAGGCUUGUUCGAGAAAAGACCUGAACGCUGUGCUUGAGAUCUUGGAUGAAAUUGGGUACAAAGAUGAUGAAGACGUAAGUCGGCAGCUUUCGUUUCUGUGGACGGACCAGAUGCAAGAGGCUGUAGACUCGAAGAUUAAAGGCGACAUUGCAUUUAGAAGGAAAGAGUUUAGUGAAGCCAUUGAGUUUUACACGCAGUUUCUUGAUUUGGGAAUGAUCUCGGCAACAGUCUAUGUGCGGCGCAGUCUAAGUUACCUAAUGAGUAAGAUGGCGAAAGAAGCUUUAGAAGAUGCAAUGGAGGCCCAAGGCGUAUCUCCUGUGUGGUACGUUGCAUUGUAUCUCCAGUCUGCUGCUCUUGCUGCCCUGGGAAUGGACAAGGAAUCCCAAAUCGCACUUAUUGAAGGAUCCAACCUUGAAGCCAGAAAGAUAUCAGCUUCCACACACAAGUAACAAUUUUGUGAAAAGAUGAAGAAACGUGGAUUACACCAAGCUAAAGGUGAAUUCUUUGGCUAAAAUUGAUACAUAAGAGGGAUUUAGAUGUUAAGCAUUGAAGUAAUCCAUUGUCUCACAGUUGAUACAUAAGAUAAAGAGUUUGGGAUGUACGGACACCAACCAAAGUAAACGUGUAUAUUAAACAAACUCCUUCAAGAGCUAUGCGUUGUUUAUGACGUGUUGUGCAACUCGGCCUCUACCACGGCUGGGAUAAUUGGGUGAGAGCCUCUGUAUUCUUCCUUGGACAUUCCACAGUAAACAGCAUCUGUGCCUCCAUAGGUUACGAAGUUCCAGCCAAAAGCGGACCCUCCGACCACCGUGUCAGAGUUGUGCUGAACAGAGCUCGUCUCAGAUGAUCUCACUUCAGUAGUAAUAGUACUAUGAUGAGGUGUUUGAUUGGUCGCCUUUCCGUUGGGUAAGGACUCGCUCUUGGUUGCUUUUUCACGUUUGGGUGUUUCUCCAAUCAUCUCUUGGUACAGUUGAAGCAUAAGCUUCAUCUCUGCACAAUUUCAGUUGCUGCCUUGCAGUUCCUGAAGUCUGGAGUCCGUAGUAGCUCGAGAACUUGAGGGCGAACAUCUUUGACAAGGAGACGCAACUUGUAGUAGUUGGAGUUCUCGAUCUGGAGGUUCCCUUCCAACGCUCGCUUCCGGCCCCUAGACGACGGAUCCGUUGCAGCUAUCAACGGAGGCGCAGGCACCUGAGCUCCUACAUGUGCCUGAGCCGCGGCUCCAGGCGAGCUAUCCAAUUCCAUCGCCGGCGAAGAUCUCUCAUCUGCGGCUGUAGGAAGCGAAAGAUCUUGUGCUGCAAGAUUUGAGGUAGCAGAAGGAGGAGGUUCAGCGAUUUGAGUUGCCGUCAAUGUCGAUUUCUCCAUUUUCAAAGGUUUUUCCAACCGCCCAAUGAGAUCUCCUCCAUCAACGCUCCUUCCGACGGACACGAGCACGGGCGACGUCGUCGUGGUGAAGAUAUUUAACGGCCUUAAUAUAUGCCCAAUAGGCCCAUCUAUAUUAAACGGCCUUAAUAUAUGCCCAUAGCCCAUCUAUAUCUAACGGCCUUAAUGUAUGGGCCUUAUAGUGAAGAUAAAAUUAAAAAACGGCACGAGUUCUUCUUAGGUUAUAACUAAAACGGCUCGCAGUUUGUGCGGAACACCGAAAGUUGGUCUUGUGAACAUUAAUUUCUCCGUCUCUUGAAGCUCAUUCUUGGCGUCCCAAGAUGAAUCCCCAAGUUGACAAGGUCGUGAGAAUAACGACUAUGGUGGCGACUGCUGUUGCUUCCUACUUCCUCCUUACCGCUGAUUACGGUCCCGAGCCAAACGCUCUUGAUCCUAUCAAGCAGAGAAUAGUAUCAGCGCAAGAUUCUGUGAAAGAGUUCAUCUUCCCAUCAAAAAAGAACAAGUAACAACAAUUCCAACCAGCAGUGUAAGAUGUAGCUCAGCGUGUGAUUGACCACUUUUUCCAAUUCUGUUCAUUGUCUCGUUUUAUGGCUAGUAGAUAUGUUCAUAAUAACAAGUUAGAUCAUCAUCUGUGGAUUCCUUUCUUUUGGACCUAACUCAAUUCCAAGAAAUACAUAUCCCUUUUGCACUUAUGAACGCUGGAUUCAUUCGAGGAAAUGAAUUGUGUCGACUUCUCUCUUUUCAGUAAGUAUACAUUCUUGUAAAAUGUUCGCAAAGUAAUCGUAAGCAAAAAGAAAUAGAGAAGAAUAUUCAAUUGAUUACGGCGGAAAUAAAUAUUCUUAAGCUUUUGGACUUCUGUGCCUGUUAAAGCGGAAACAAAGGACAAGUGGAAUUUUCUACCUAACAAGCGCGACACACAGACACAUCCCAAAGCCGUCCGAUUAGAGACUAGCCCAAAUCUGACGGUCUAUACAGUAAACAAACACUGAACACAAAAAAAUAUCUAAUGGCCGCUUCGCCGAAUCGGCACACUCAUUGACCAUAAGCGAUCUCGUGUUGCCGUAAACGCAGAACUGGGCGUUUGCGUUUUGCGGUCGGCGGCGGCAAAAUUCUAAUACGGUUUCUGCAUGUACAUGAACAUAUCCUGUAGCGGAAACAUCUGAUUACUCCCUCCUCCAAACGCGUUAUCCACGGUGGCAUCUAUGUAAUUAUACCCAAAAUCAAGGGUACUAUUGUCCUUGGCAGCGGCCGACCAAUCCAAUUCCUUCCACUUGGGCUCGCUCUGAACCUCGCUCGUGAACUCCGGUGACACCACAUGCUCCGAGCAACUCGACUCCGUCGUGUGCAGCUUUGGCACCGAAUCCGACGUGUCGAUAAACACGAAAUCACUCGCGGCUUGUGGCGGCGGCGGAGGCAUAGCCAUAUCCGUCAACCUGGGCUUCUCCUCCACGACUUCUUCGGUGACUCCGCCGUGAACCACCGCCGGUGGUGGUACUCGCCUCUCGAUAGCUCCCUUUUUAUUGUAAAUCCGGCAAAGAACCCAAUCAUCCAGCCUGAGACUGUUCUUCUUCUUGCGAACCGAUCGGUCAACGUCGGCGAGACGGUACUCGUGCAUAAUCCAAUUGGUUUUCUCUCCUUUGGGAGCUUUUCCGGCGUAGAAAACCAGAGCUUUCUUAAUCCCGACCGGUUUGGGAACUCCGAUGGGUUUAUCGGCUCCAGUGGCUUUCCAGUAACCAGAACCAGCCGAGCGGUUAGGACGAGAACCGUUGGGAUAUUUUCUGUCUCGGGGAGAGAAGAAAUACCAUUCCUUCUCACCAUACAAGGCUAAACCUGAAGCUCCCAGGGAUCGUAUUUGUAGAGAUCGAUCUCAGCGAUGAUCGGAACGGCGAUAGACUGAGAGGCGCAUUUGCGGCAGAGAUAGUGCAUGACGAGCUCUUCAUCGGUAGGGUGAAAUCGGAAGCCUGGAGGCAGCUGUAACUCUGACAUUUUUCACCCUCUCUCUCUCUUUUUGAUUUGCUGAUGAGAAUUGAGAUUUGAGGGUUGUUGGAUGGAUCCCCUAUCCUAAUCCUCUCUGGUAAGCUCUGCUGAAACUUGAAACUUGGGAAGAAAGAGAGAAAAGUCAAUUAUAUACGGAGAGGGGAAGGACACGUGUUGGGGAUCUGGGACUUGUGUGGGGGAGAAGAAGAAGAGCUUCUAGAACAACACGUGGGUGGAUGACGCUGCUGGGACACGUUUCGAAAGGAGAAGUCUGUUGCUGACGUGGCGAUGAGGUGAUGUUGUCACUGCUUACGUCUGUCCUCUUGCGGGUCCCACUCACUUGCCUCUAAAAUCCAAAUCCGACCGGUCCGAUCCGACCGAACCUGGGGUCUAUCUUAUGGAUUCUUCGUUUCCGGUCGGUGGAUCUUUGGUCCCACUUCCUCCGUCACUUUUUUUUCCUUUUUCUUCUUGUCUUCUUGCAACAGUCCCAACGCCGACGAUUAAACGUGGAUGCUCAUUUGUUGUCCUAAUCAGGUUGUUCUUAGUUUCUUACCCUGAUGGCUUGAAUAUGGGUGCUGUUGACAAUUAUGCAACCGAUUUGAUUCUAUGAUUUUUACCUCAAGAUGUGACACUCUAUGUAUUUGAAGACAAGACGAAAACCAAAAUCAGCCCAACUUCUACGAAGAGUUUUCAUCAUUUGCAAUCAGAGAAAGAUGGUUUUCAAAGUAAAACAAGAUCAGGCAGAGGUUACUGUCCUAUGUAAGACAGGAUAUUCUUUGAGCUAAAGCCAACACGGAGAGAUAGAAACUGCUCAGUCAGUAUUAAGAUUUAUGCAAAAGCUUGACCCGAAAAGCAGAAUUUAACGUCAGAAUCAAGAGGAAAGUCUGUUAU